AUGGUGUUGUCGACACAGCCCACUGGGCGCAAGAGGCUCAUUCAUCAUCUCGAUACGCCUGACGUAUCUUUUGACGAUCAAGACGCCAUCUUGGAGAUCCUUCUCAGCCCCAUCGGGCAACACAGAAGGCAUCAUACAAAACCUUCCAAGGGAAAGAGAAGUGGCAAAACACGUGCGGACUCAGCGGCAGACGCGUCAGUCGCGAAUGAGACCCACGUGCAAACAGCGCCGCAAAAGCCCGAACUCAGCGCCCAUGUCGAUGUCGGCUUCAACUCGAUUACCAGGAAACUCGAAGAAACGUCCAAAGAAACGCCCAAGGCGCGAGGAGACACUAGCGCCCAGGCCACAGGCGAUGCUAAGCGCCCGUACUCGAUGAUUUUCGUUGCACGAGGAAAUCAGUCGUCGGCUUUCAACUGCCACUUCCCCAGAAUGGUUGGUGCGGCAACCCGAGCCUCGCCGUCUGAAGAGAGAACACGCUUAGUUGGCUUCUCCAAACCGUGCUCUGAGAGGCUAAGCGCUGUCUUGGGCGUCGCGCGGGUAUCGUCCGUUGCCGUGAUGCGCGAUGCCCCGGGUGCUGAAGCGCUGUGGGCGUUUGUACAAAAGACUGUUUCACCCGUCGAUACCUCAUGGCUCGAGGAGAGCAAGGCUAGUGCUUAUCGGCCAACUCAAAUUGGUUCGACGGAGACGAUUGUUGGAGCAAAGAAGGCAAAGAUAACGGCCUGA